AGAACCAAAAGGAGAGGAUGACGACAGAGAGCCCGACCCCGGGGCACAGGAACACAGAACCUUCCCUGAGACAAGUUUCCACAGGUGCUCUCUCCGGGCUGGACCCAGAGACUCUCCCAGAGGGAGUCGAUUGAAGACUCUUCUGCUGCUUUCAGAACGAAGGCAGACACAGACAUCAUCGUACGACUGGUUUGAACCAAGAAACCUCAGCACACAAAGUUUAUGGGACCCGUCAAACGCCAUCUUGACAUGCAGUUCUACAGGAAGCAGCAUCUCAUUCACUUCCUGUUGGCGGCGGCGUCCCUGCUGGUUGGGGGCCGGUCCGACCCCCGUACCCUCCCCCCUCUCCACCCCGGGCACCCCUUCCUGUUCCUGUGGAACGCCCCCACCGAGCUCUGCGCGGAGCGCUACGCCGUGACCCUCGACCUCUCCCACUUCCAGGAGGUGAGCAGCACCCUGAAGGACGCCACCAACCAGAGCGUGUCCAUCUUCUACACCGACCGCUUCGGCCUCUUCCCCUUCGUGGACGAGGACACCGGGGAGGUGCUGGAGGAGGGGCUGCCCCAGCUGGUGGACCUGGACGACCACCGCGCCGAGGCCAAGGAGGACAUCCUGUUCUACAUGCCCGACCCGCGGCCCGGCCUGGCCGUGCUGGACUUCGAGGAGUGGCGGCCGCAGUGGGUGCGCAACUGGGGCGCCAAGGACAUCUACCGGGAGCUCUCCAUGGAGACGGUGCGGCUGAAGAACCCCGCCCUCAGCGAGGAGCAGGUGGAGGACCGCGCCAGGGGGCUGUUCGAACGCGGCGCCAAGAAGUACUUCCUGCGCUCGCUGCUGACCGGGAAGCGGCUGCGGGGCGGCCGGCUGUGGGGGUACUACCUGUACCCCGACUGCUACAACUACGACUACAACCAGGACAUGGAGGGCUACGGGGGGGCGUGUCCGGAGCUGGAGCAGCGCAGGAACGACGCUCUGCUGUGGCUGUGGCGGGAGUCCACCGCCCUCUACCCCUCCGUCUACCUGGAGCUGGCGCUGCGCGGGAAGCCGCAGGCGCGACGCUUCGUCCGCCACCGCAUCCGGGAGGCGGUCCGGGUGUCCCUCCUGGCCGACCCCGCCUUCUCCACCCCCGUCUACGCCUACAUCCGGCCGGUCUUCAAGGACAGCGUGGAUACGUACAUGUCAGAGGACGACCUGGUCAACACCAUCGGAGAGGCAGCCGCUCUCGGGGCCGCUGGCGUCGUCUCCUGGGGAGACAUGCAAGUUACACAGGAUGAGGACUCCUGCGUGGACGCCAUGCUCCACCUGAAUGACGUCAUGAAUCCCUACAUCCUCAACGUGUCCACGGCGGCGCGCCACUGCAGCUGGGCGCUCUGCGGGGGGGCGGGGCGCUGCGUGCGGCGGCACUGGGACAGCGACACCUACCUCCACCUGGACCCCCGCCGCUUCUCCAUCCGGCGACACCGACCCGGCGCUCCGCUGGCCGUGACGGGGGGGCCGAGCCAGCAGGACGUCUUGUGGUACGACGAGGGCUUCCGCUGCCUGUGCUACUCCGCCGAGCCCUGCUACCGACCGAUCAGCAUCAACGUCGUCAUGGAGGAGGUCACCGCCGUCGGCCGCUGCGAGGCGCUGCCGUCCGCGCGCCACCGGCUCACCCUAUUGGCUGCUGCUGCGGUGCUGCGCGCUCUUAUGUCUUAACUUGUGCAAGAAUUUGCACAAACUUUCUUAUGUAGCAUUCUUUAAUCACGCAAUAAAUCACAUUCACACACACACACACACACACAUUUUAUACACACACAUACUCAAACAAACACACACACAUACACACACUCAUUGGCACACACACACACACACACACACACACACACACACACACACACACACACACACACACACACACACACACACACACACACACAAACAUAUAUAAGUGCUGCAUGUUAUUAUGUCUUAACUUUAACACACUGUGCUUUGGAACAUUCUUUUAUCACGCAAUAAAUCACUGUGAUGAGGCUACUUAUUGCACAGGGAGAGAUGCCAAAUGUUUGAUGAAGGGGAAUUAUAGCCACGCCUCCUUUCUGGUCUCGAGAUGAGAGGGGCGUGGCUAUUCCCCGGCUGAUGGCUGCAGGCGUCAUCCACUCUGGGUUUCUUUAGGUUCCUUGUCUGUCGUCAAAGAGACACAAAGUUAAAUACCUUCAAUAACAUUUAUAUAACUAUCACCUAUUACCACUCUGAUGACUCAAUAGAUGACCUACUAUGAACUAAUAGAUGGCCUGUCAAUAUAAAUGCCAAUAAAAUCGCACUUGGAACAACAAUGAUAAAUAAAUGUUGAUAUCCCUGGGUUGUUAUUCCUAAAGCUUAGCUCCGGUUGUUUUUAGUAACGUGGGUGAUGUUUGAUGCUGAUUGAUGAUCGCUUCCAGUUAAAUAAUCGAUUCCCAUAUCAGCCACCAGAUGGCGCCAAUAACCAGGUUCGGUUGAGUCGGUUUAUUUAUUAAUAUACAAUUCAGACAAUUGUGUGUUUGUUCGGCGCGUUAUGUCAAAUAUAUUUAUACCACUUGAAGUGAAAAUAAAAAUAUGAAAUUUAAA